CCACCAGAUUACGUCAUAGUCCUGCGACUGUUUACAUCCGGCAUAUGUGCGACACCAUCAUGGCUCUUUUCCCAGCUUUCGCCGAAGUAUCGAAAAACGAAAUUGAAGAUACGUCCAAAGAACUCGACUGGCUGAACAAUACAAGUUUUCAGACUGGAGAUGCUAUUUCCCUUCACAGCCGGUUUUUAGAGAAGUCCACCGAGAAGCCAAACAAAAGGGAGGAAAGUGUUGCAAAGGAUUUUACAUCCUCUGCUGAGGAAGAGAGGGGAAAGAGUGAUGGGCCUCCAAAGAAAAAGAAAAAGAAAAGCGAAAAAAAGAGGAGGAAGAAGAAAAAGCACAAAAAGAAGAGUGGGACGCAUUCAAGCACCAGUGGCUCGGACUCUGAGACCAUCUAUCCCAGUGAUCUCAAACGGGAAGAGGAGAGGAUUAGGAAGCAGUCUUCGUUAGGAACUCGUUUUUCCUGGUUGGAUGACAUCCAGUCGCCUACGGAGCAUCUGUUCUGUGUGGACUGUAAAUCAGACGCGGCCAACUGGACUUAUAAGUCCUUGUACAGAGGAGAUGUAGCUAGAUAUAGGAGAAAAGGUAGCUCCACUUUGGGUCUGGACUUUCACAGGCAGGGAGUCAGCUGGGAGGAAUCUGACACAAAAAAGAAGAAGAAAGCGAGGGUCAAUGGGAACACAGCUGACAGAUAUUUUUCUGUUGUCACUCGAAAGCUGCUGCGGGCUGAGCCUCCCGUUUCUGUUUUACCCGCUACUCCAAAAAGUAGUGAUGCACUCAACACGACCUCCUUCCUCCCUCUGGAUGAUGUUGAACGGGACAACGCAAGACUCCAGUCAGGUGACAAAGCAGAGGCGUCCGUAAAUCCCCUGGGGGUGUAUGAUUCGUCCACUACCCUCUGGCUGCAGGGGAAGGGACAGCAGGACAACCUGAAGCAGGACACAGACCCAGAGGAAAAGUCUGUGUAUGUGACUGGAAGGACCGAAGAGUUUAAUCGGCGGCUCAGGGAGCAGCCAGGGGAUACACAACUGUGGAUACAGUUCAUUCGGUACCAGGAUGAGCUGAGUGCAGCUGCAUUUGGAGGUGACGAGGAGCAGCAGGGGGGGGAUGUAGCAGAGCGACCCAAGUCGUCCUACAGGGCAAUCCUGGAGAAGAAGCUGAGCAUUGCAGACAGAGCUGUGGAGACCAACCCCACCUGCAUCGCUCUGCAGCUCGAGAGGCUUCGGAUCUGCCAGGAGCUCUGGGAACCCUCCACUUUGGCUAAGGAAUGGAAGAAACUGGUGUUCCUCCACCCAAACAGCGCCUCCUUGUGGAGGAAAUAUCUUCUUUUUACGCAAAGCUACUUCAGCAGCUUCAGCGUGACUAAAGUCAACUCUGCAUAUGGAAAGUGUCUGAGCACGCUCAGCGCUGUGAGAGAUGGCAGCAUGGUGUCCCAUCCGGCGUUGCCUGGGAUCGAGGAGGAUAUGUUGGAUAUCUUCACCCAGCAGUGUCAUUUCUUGCGGCAGUCUGGUCACUCUGAGAAGACGAUUUCUCUGUUUCAGGCCAUGAUCGAUUUUACUUACUUCAAACCUGACAGUGUGAAAAACCUCUCCACAAAGCAGCAGGUCGAUUUCUUUGAAACAUUCUGGGACAGCGGGGAGGCGAGAGUUGGGGAGACAGGAGCCCGAGGCUGGAAGGCCUGGAUGACCCAACAAGAGCGAGGAGGAUGGGUUCAACCCCCUGCAGAAGAAGAAGAGGAGGAGGAGGAGGAAGAUGAGGAGGAGGUGAAGGACAGGAGCCAGCCCAGAGGAGCCGUCUGGUUGGAGGUGGAGUCGUCCCGUGAAGCAGCUCACUGGCUGCCCUGGAGACCCGACAAAGCAAAAGGCCAGUCAGAAGAGGACUGUGAGGACCCUGACAGACAGGUGCUUUUUGAUGACAUCGGUCCUUCCCUUAUAUGCCUGUCCUCACCAGAACUUCAGCUUCGGUUUCUUCUCAGUUUCUUGUCUUUUCUGGGCUUUCCUGUGGACUUUGUGCUCUCUGCUGCCCCCUAUCAGCCCAGCAUGUUCCUGGAGAACCUCUCUCUGCUCACUCAAGGUGCUGAGGUCCAGCGUCCUCUGACUUCCUUCAACCUCCCCGAGACAGGCAUUAACUCUGUAGGUCACAUGACCACUCUCCAAGGAACAAGGAAGUGGUUGGGGCUCGGGAAGCAGGGCGAGAAGUUUCUGGGCAACGUGUUCAGCACGCUGCAGCCUGUCCUUCCUCCUCCCCAUCGAGCCGUUCUGUCACUCAGCUGGAUCCUGUACGAGAAGCUCAAGGUUUUGCGCUGUCUGCACAGCGGCAACAAAAAGCGCCUUCGCGUUCAGGGAAAGAGGAGCAAACGGGUCGCCAAAAGACUCCUCAAAGAACCCGAGAAUCGCUCUUCGCUGGUGCUGUGGCGGGAGUACGCACACCUCGAGUGGCUGCUGUCGAACCUGGACGAAGCCCGGAAGGUGUUCUCUACGGCGACGGCGAUGGCGGGAACCAAAGGCCUGAGUAGUCCUGCUCUGUGUGAGCUGUGCCUCCUGUGGUCCCAGCUGGAGGUGGAGAACACAGCCCAGGAGCUGGGAGGAGUUACCGACGUAACAACUUCACCAGCUGUUGUGGUGCUGACCAGGCUGGCAGAAGGAACGUCUUCAUCUUCAUCCUCCCAGACCGUGUCCCCGGUUUCCAUCCUGAAAGCCAGGAGGUCCUAUGAACAGUCUCUGAGCUCCGGCCUGUCGUCUCUGGAGCAAGCGAUCCAGAAUCACCAGCCUGACGUAAAAGUUGCAGGAGCCCAAGAUGACCCAGAGGAAGAGAGGCUAAGGUUAAGAGGCCUGGUCGGCUGCUACGCUCUGUUUCAGUAUCUAACCGUGAGCAUCCAGGCUGCUAUAGCCGUCUACAGCCAGGCCAGAGAGAGGAUGGAGGAACUGCACCGCUCGUUAACGCCGGAAAGCCAGCUCGCCAGCGACGCGACGAGGCACGGGCGUCACGUCAGCCGGCUGGCCUCAGACUGCGAGGCGUUAGCGGUGCAGCAGGCGGCGCUGCUGAAACACAACAACAACGUCGGUGUGUGUCCUUUGGCGACACUGAGGCAGGCGCUGACCUCCGCCCUCUCAGCCUGGCCCUGCAGCGCCGCCCUGUGGAGCAUAUACAUUCAGGUGGAGGACCGUUACCAUAGCGCCGGCCGGGCGCGUCGUUUUUUCCACGCUGUAACCAGAGACAGCGGCAGCGUGGUACCCCGUCUGUUUGCCAUUGUGGCUGAGCAGCGGAGGAAGCAGCUGGUGGAUGCAGCUCAGCGGUCUUGUUGCUUGGACGAGGCCCUGCCCAUAUUGCCAGAAAACGGCCUCAGCAACAGAAUCCGGGGACUGUUCGAGGGCGCCGUAUCGACAGAGAUGGGCGGUCAUUGCCCUUUACUGUGGAGGAUGUACAUCCAUUUCCUGGUGUCAGAAGGGAAGGUAGAUAAAGCCAGAGGGAUCUUUUACAAGGCCUUGCAGAACAUUCCCUGGGCGAAGGGUUUGUAUAUGGAUGCGGUGCAGUUGUUCCCUGAGCACCUGCAGGAGUUUGUGGAUCUGAUGACGGAGAAGGAACUCCGACUAAGACUGCCUUUGGAAGAGCUGGAUAUACUGCUGGAAGACUGAAAACACUGGAACCCUUUUAAGGAACUUAGUUUUUUUGGUUUUGAACUAUGAGGUGGGAGAGAUUCACAGAUGAACAAGGAUAUAUCGUCGGUAAAUGUUUUAUAUGCCAUAGCAACUAAUUUGAUCAAUAAAAAUAUAUUUAAUAAAG